GAGAGAGCAAACGCUCUAGCUCUGUAUGAGAGGGCUGUGUGUGAGCUCAUGUGAGUGUAUGAACAGGGCAUGAUAAAUCCUCUGGAAAAAAGACGAGCGAUUAGUAAGAAUAGCUCAGAAAGGGGGGACCACAGCGAAAUGGCAAGAAAAGGACACGGAGCAUUUCUCUCCCAGCUUUGGAUUUUAUAGAAGGAACAGAGCUUAGCAGAUAGUAGUUGUAGAUAAAUGUGAGCAUUGAGAAUAAUUGUCUAGGAAGGUAGUGAGGAUCAGAAUUUGUCUUCUGGAGCUCCACACUUUACUGGAUAGUGUCAAAAUUUAAGGACAUGUUGGACCUGGAGCACAGGAAUGAAGAAACAAAGAUGUUUUAUCUGAGCAGCUGAGACCUGGUCUCUUGGGUCGCCUACUUUUACCACAGCUCUCUGCCCACUACUAAAGAUCAGCAAGGUUACUUCCAGAGGGUGGCUCCGCUGAUUUAACUCCAGCCAUGCUCUGUGGUCUGAGGAGAGACACCAAGAACAGCAUUGGUUUCAGGUCAGUAAAGGUAUGACAAAGGAUCUAUGCCUCUCAGCUGUCCAAAGGCUUCAGCUUCAGUUGGACAGAUGCAGUGACUCGAUGUGGACAGCGAUAAAGAGAUGAAGGACCAUACUCAAAAGGAAGCAAAGAGUCUGGGGCAACUGACCAAUCACAUUCAUCCCGGAGGCGCAGCCUUUCAGAAGAGUAUCGAGGAGUGACCACAGUGGACCUGAUGAAAAGGGAAGGCAGCAGCCUUGGCCUCACUAUCUCCGGAGGGUCUGAUAAGGAUGGCAAGCCCAGAGUGUCAAACCUGCGGCCAGGUGGGCUAGCUGCCAGGAGUGACCAGCUGAAUGUAGGAGACUACAUCAAGUCAGUGAAUGGUAUCAACCUGUCAAAGCUUCGGCAUGAUGAGAUUAUCAGCCUGCUGAAGAACAUCGGGGAGAGAGUUGUGCUGGAGGUGGAGUACGAGCUGCCUCCAUUCGUCCAGACCCCCUCAGGAGUCAUAACCAAAACCAUAGAGGUGUGUUUACACAAGGAGGGAAACAGCUUUGGUUUUGUCAUGAGAGGAGGCUUCCAUGAAGACUGGCGCAGAUCUCGUCCCCUGGUAGUGACCAGCGUCAGGCCUGGGGGUCCUGCUGAUAGAGAGGGCACUAUUAAGGCCGGAGACCGAGUAUUGAGCAUAGAUGGGAUGCCUUUGAACAGGGAGAGGCACGCUGACGCUUUGACCAUGUUAAUGCAGAGCGGCCAGGAAGCUCUGUUCCUGAUUGAGUAUGACGUCUCUGUCAUGGAGGCAGUCCAGCAGGCCUCAGGCCCUCUGCUGGUGGAGAUAGUGAAAGGCCCCUCUGCCAGCCUGGGGAUCAGCCUCGCCACAACAAUAUACAGGAACAAACAAGUUAUUAUUAUCGACAAGAUAAAGGCAGCCAGUGUUGUGGAAAGGUGUGGAGCGCUGCAUGUAGGUGAUAUCCUCCUGUCCAUAGACGGGACCAGCACAGAGCACUGCUCUCUGAUGGAAGCAGCACAGCUACUUGCCAGCACCUCUGACAUUGUCAAACUGGAAAUUCUUCCAGCCAGUCAAAGCAGACUUCCCAUCAGGCCAUAUGACACAGUAAAAGUGCAGAAAAGCAACCAUCAUCACUGGGACCAAAGCAGCAACUACUGCCAUCCCCCACAUGCCAGCCACAGCAAGACAUGGAGCAGCCCAAGCCACCCACACAACCAGCAGGACCACUGCAAAUCUCUGGUGAGUGGUGGCUUCUCCCCUUCCUCCACAGCCACCUCAGGCUUCAGCAGCCAGGGUAGCAACACGCUACCCUGCCCCGUCCUUCCCAUCACUCCCACCAGCCCUCGCAGCUCCACUGGCAAGCGGAGGAACAGAAAGAAGGACCACAAGAGCUCAUUGUCUUUGGCAUCGAGCUCUGUCGGCCCAGGGGGGCAGGUUUUUCAUGUGGAAACGAGCGAGAUCGUCCUAAGGGGGGAUCCACUCACAGGUUUUGGGAUCCAGCUGCAGGGAGGUGUCUUUGCCACAGAAACCCUAUCCGCUCCCCCGGUCAUCCGCUUUAUUGAGCCCGACAGCCCAGCUGAGAGGUGUGGGCUGUUGCAGGUUGGCGACAGACUGUUGUCCAUUAAUGGGAUCCCAACUGAAGAUGGCACUUUGGAGGAAGCUCAUCAGCUGCUCAGAGACUCUGCUCUGGCUAACAAGGUCACGCUGGAGAUUGAGUUUGAUGUUGCAGAGUCAGUGGUUCCCAGCAGUGGCACCUUCCACGUGAAACUCCCCAAACGGAGAGGAAUGGAGCUGGGCAUCACCAUCAGUGCAAGUAAAAAACAUGGUAAGCCCCUCAUCAUCUCUGACAUCAGGAAAGGAAGCAUAGCACACAGAACAGGCACUCUGGAGCCUGGAGACAGGCUGCUGGCCAUCGACUCCGUACGUCUGGAGAACUGCACAAUGGAGGACGCAAUGCACGUCCUGGAACAAGCGGAAGAUAUGGUCAAACUCCGAAUCCAGAAAGAUGAGGACAAUAUUGAUGAGCUGGAAAUGUCAGGCUCCAUAAUCUACACAGUUGAGCUGAAGAGAUAUAAUGGACCACUGGGCAUUACCAUUUCUGGCACAGAGGAGCCCUUUGAUCCCAUUGUCAUUUCUGGCCUCACCAAGAAAGGCCUGGCUGAGAGGACCGGAGCCAUCCAUAUAGGGGACCGAGUCCUAGCCAUCAAUGGUGUCAGCCUGAAAGGAAAGCCACUGAGCGAGGCCAUUCAUCUCCUGCAGAUGGCCGGGGAGUCAGUCACCCUCAAGAUCAAGAAACAAGCCGAUCAGUUUGAUGGCCGGCGGCCUUUAGACAGAGAAGCUGGGUUUUUGAGUGACACAGAAGAUGACCUGACAGACUCCCAGAAAACCAGCAAACACUCUGAGCUCUAUUCUGCCACUGUGCCCAGUAUAGACUCUGCCAUGAGCUCCUGGGAUAGCUCAGGCUUUGAUGCAGGCUACAGUAGCCAAGGGACGUAUCUUCACAAAGCAUCUGAUAUACUGUUCAAUACAAAUGAGUGGAGGCGCACAAAGCCCAGGAGUCAAACCAGCUCUGCAGGUCUAGUCCACCACACAGCACUGUAUGAUGGGCGAUUCACAGAGGAUGAGUGGGACAAGAUACCUGGAUUUGUCAGCCCCCCUCGUUGCCAUGGCACCCUGAACCAGGAAGACAGCUUCUGGUCCCAGGCUCUGCAGGACCUCGAGACCUGCGGCCAGUCAGAGAUUCUCAGGGAGCUGGAGGCAUCCAUGACAGGUAGUGCGCUUAGUCUGUAUUUAGAUGAGACCAAAACGAAUGACGACUCAGUGUUCCCCUCUGAAAUAAGUCCAAUCAAGAGGGAAGGAAGCCAUGGAGAAGCUAAAAACAAAAGCAGCCUGAACAUGUCGACUGGAGCCGGAGAUGUAUCAUCCAGGGUCAAAGGGGACCCCGCUGAAAGUUUGUUCCCUGCAGCCCUGGCACUGCACAAGGUGAUUAUAAGAAAGGAUCGUGAAAGCCGUGACUUUGGUUUCAGUGUGUCAGACGGGCUCCUGGAAAAGGGUGUCUACGUGAACAUGAUCCGGCCAGAUGGCCCAGCUGACCAGGCGGGGUUAAAACCUUUUGACCGCAUUCUUCAGGUGAACCGUGUAAGGACCAGGGACUUGGACUGUUGUCUAACUGUGCCCUUAAUUAUGGAGGCCGGAGACAGCCUGGACUUGGUCAUUAGCAGGAAUCCACUGGCAGCAGCAGACGCGGAGCUGCCAAACGACUGUGACGACCCCUCAAACUCACUGUUCUGCUUCCCCAACCACAGGAACAACAUCGUCGCCCUGUGACCACAAAGAAGAUGGCCAACUCUGCAGUGUAGGGACCUCACACACACACACACACACACACACACACACACACACACACUCAUCACACGGUUAGGUCUGUCACAUUGUACCUCUCGGACACACCUUCACACUCAUUUUCAGCAUGCAGAGCAUCCACAGAAACGGCCACUUUCUUCCCCUGAAAGCAUCUUUCUCACAAAGUCACAAGUGCAUGUGUUCACAAUUGCCAGUUUUAGUCACUGUGUUCACAUGAUGCAAUUCAGGGAAGGCUCUGGCUUCAGGGCAGACUCCCGCACCCCUCCCACCUCCACAGGCAAAGCCACAUGCA